AUGACUAAUAUUUAUCCUUUCAACACAACAUGCACUCAUUUAUCAUUGAGUGUGUGUCCAUGUCCCAUAUCAAAAACACACGCCUAUCAUAUUGGAAGAAGAGAGUGGGGUUACACAACAAAACUAGUCCUAUAUGAUGAUCCAUGGAAAAUCAAGAAAGUGCUUCAAGUGAGUGAUCUUGAAGAUAAGCUAUUGUUGGCUAAAGAUUUGGCUGAAGAAUUGGUGUUGCCUGUGUUGGAUGCUGGUGCUGAUCUUGAAAGAGGAAGUUUUGUUAGGGUUUAUGAUUUUGACACUGAUACAAUGCAUGUGUUGACUCUCAAGAAAUGUGUUUCUUCAGGAAACUAUGGUUUUUUUGACAAGUGGGUUUAUGACUUUGUUGUAAGAAGGGGGUUGAAGAAAGAUGAUGAAAUUGGGUUCCAUUGGGAUUCUUAUAAGAAACACUUCGAUUUUUCUGUUUUGUUUAGGACUGUUAGAAUAUAG